AGAUUUUGUAUAGGCUUAAGCUUCCUUCCGCUGUUUUGUGCAAAACAUCGCGAGAGUGCGUGAGUCACAUAAAAUACUGGUCAUCACAUCAAUGCGAAAAAUAUAAUAUUAGGCAUCUGACGAGACUGGUCAUUUAUAUUUUAUCAGUUUGUCAAGUGAGUGAAGUUGUGAAGAAAACAGUGAAACGUCGCUAAGAACAUUUCUACGAUGAAUCCUUACCAGCAAGGUCAAUCGGGAUACCUCCACAAUAUCGGAUUUUCCAAUGCUGCUCCCCAAUCUUUUGGAAAUCCAUUGCCUAUGCCAGGUUUCCCGCAGCCAGGGAUGCCCCAGGGAAUGGGCUACCCCCAAGCCCCACAAUCUGGGUACCCCCAGCCCCCUCAAUCAGGCUACCCCCAGACCCCACAAUCGGGGUAUCCCCAGACCCCACAAUCAGGAUACCCUCAGGCCCCACAAACGGGAUAUCCCCACCCAGGAUCAGGUUAUCCCCAGCCGGCUCCAAGAGCAGAGCAAGCCACAUCUGGUUAUCCCCAUCAGCCUUCAGGAAUAUCAAUGGUUGGGUCAUCAUAUCCCAGUCAAUCUUACCCUCAGCAAACACAAGGAUAUCCCCAUUCUGCUCAAUCCAGCUACCCGCAAACUGGGUCUUAUCCCCACUCAGCAUCAUCUGCUUACUCUAGUCAGUCUUACCUUCAAAGCCAAGGUUACCCAAACCAAGCUCAAUCUGGGUAUCCUCAGCCUGGCAAUCCAUCUUCAAACUAUGGACAGAGUCCGUACCCAGGAAGUAUGUCUCUUGAUUCCCCAACACCAAAAAUACAGUCCAGACCGACUGUGGUGCCCGUGAACCCGUUCGACCCUCGCGCGGACGCGGCGGUACUCCGCAAGGCUAUGAAAGGAUUCGGCACUGAUGAGAAGGCCAUCAUUCAAGUGCUGACUAGGCGGAGCAAUGAGCAGAGACUACGCAUCGCGUUUGAGUUCAAGACUCUGUAUGGAAAGGAUCUAAUCUCGGACCUGAAGAGCGAAACGAGCGGGAAGUUUGAAGACCUGCUAGUGGCUUUGAUGACUCCUCUGCCGCAGUUCUACGCCAAAGAGCUCCAUGACGCGACCGCGGGCAUCGGAACUGAUGAGGAUGUCCUCAUCGAGGUCAUGUGCACCAUGUCCAACCACGAGAUCCAGGUCAUCAAGCAAGCAUACACCGCCAUGUACGGCACUCUUUUGGAAGAUGACCUGCGUGGUGACACCUCAGGAAACUUCAAGAGGCUUAUGACGUCGCUGUGUAUGGGUAACCGAUCCGAAGAGUUCCAUGUAGACCAAGAGAAGGCCAGACAGGACGCUAGGAGCUUACUCCAAGCUGGUGAACUCCGUCUAGGCACAGACGAGUCGGUGUUCAACGCUGUGCUGUGUUCCAACUCGUUCCAGCAGCUGGCGGCCGUCUUCCAAGAGUACCAGUUCCUCACAGGACACGACAUCGAUGACGCCAUCAAGGCGGAGUUCUCUGGUGACCUGGAGAAGGCUCUCAGAGCUAUUGUGAAAAUCGUGCGCAACAAGCCGCUGUUCUUCGCCGAGAGGCUGCACAAGUCCAUGAAGGGGCUGGGCACCAACGACCGGCAGCUGAUCCGCGUGAUGGUGACGCGCUGCGAGCUGGACCUGGCCGACAUCGCGGACAUGUUCCAGAGCAAGUACGGCGAGCCGCUCGCCAGCUGGAUCGAGGGCGACUGCUCGGGUCACUACAAGAAAUGUUUAUUGGGACUAUUGGGCCUGUACUAACCUCUAAAAGUGGACUCUCUAUGUGAAUUCAUGUCUUCGUCGGUGUUCACAUCAUGUUCAAUUCUUGCACACAAAUUGUAUGUUAAGGCUUAAAAUAUUGCUCGAAUAUUUCCGUACCUAAAUCUUAUCGGUGUUUUUGAAUAUCUCUUUAGGGAAAUUAAGGGUAAUUAAGUACACGACUUUUACGGAUGUCAAAAUAUGAUAAGCGAAAGAAAAACAAAAUGUACCAGCUGCGUUUCUCCCCGCGCAGAUUGUAAAAGCAAAUCAAGGAAAAGAUUGGAGCAAUAUAAAGCUAUUUAAUCUCAAGUAUAGUUACAAAUAAGCCUUUAAGUUCUAUAAUUCUUAGCUCUGUUUAACCCCUUGCUGUUUAACCCCGGCUUUAAUAAUAAAGAAAAUUUAACAUUUAAAAAUGCACUCAAAUAUUGUCUAUUCUAAAAUGUUUAGAUAUAACAAAAAAACAUUUGGCUCCCUACACUUCUGUUUAAGAUUAUAUACUUGAAUCCAGGAUGGAUUAGAAACUCAUUAUAUCGAAUACAUUAUUACCAUUUAAGAUUAUGUUUACUAUAAGAAUCUCUCAAAUAUCAAAACUUUUCGCUUUGAUGUCACAUCUUAGCCGUCCGACAAUGAUCUUUUUAUUGUUAGAAAAAGAAAGUUUACGUACUUAUUCAUAAAAAAUGUCACGAUCUAUUUUAGUCACUAUGUCUUGUCUCGUUCUAUCAAUAUAAAGUAAGAGAGAACGAAAUAUUACUAUGCAAGUAGGUUGUCACAUUUUUAUGAAUAAAAGGGUUAUUUGGAAAAGUUUACCGAAAUGUUGUAAUUUUAUAUCACAUAAAAUUGUGUAAUAUAUAUCUGAUUUAUUUUUAUUGCGUACUUUUUAAACGUGCCUUCUAUUUUAAGUGCCUAAGUAAUAAGCUAAUAAUAUCAUCGAAAUCAAUGCAGGUUGCUUUUUUUUUUAAUAUAUAUAUAUGUCAUAUUUUAUUUCCUCACUGUUCUGCCCGAUUAUAAGAAAAAAAAAUUUAAUAGUAUCAUUCUAAACUAGAUGUUCAAACUUUUUUAAUGUUUUCGUAAAACAAAUGUGACAUAUUCUCAUAAAAUCUCGAAUUACGUCGUUAUAUGUGAACCCACCUAAAGUGUAAGGAAUAUUUAUAACAUUGCGUUUAUUCACAAUAUACAUAGUUCAUGAUUCCAUAUUAAUGUAAGAGGCUGAUAAUCAUAAUUUAUAUACAAUCCGUACAUACAAUACAAUCCGUAUUAAUUCGAAGGUGUCAAUUUGUACUGACGAUAAGUCAUUAUUGAAAGCAACACUAUUCUAAUAUAAUUUUGGCCUAACGUCAGCAAAAUCAACAAUCAAAUAUGAAAAGAGGACGAAAUCUAUGUAUUUGAAAGAGACAUUUGUCAUAAAAAAUAUCGAUAUUUUUUUUUGUUUUGCUGAUUAAAAUCAGUUUAAAAUUUAAUUAAAUAUUAUUUUCGAUUAAGUCGAUCUCUUGUUGCGUUUAUUCUUAUUUCUUUUUUUAAAAUAAUUAAUGAUAUUUUUAUAACUACAUAGUAGUUCAGUAGAUUCUAAUAUUGGUUUGUUUCAGUAUUUAUUUUCGAAUAAGAUUUCUUUUAAAAUAUUGGUUAAAAUCUACUAAAGUGCCUAUAUACUAUGAUGCAGUGCUAAUUUCAAGUACAAUUUAAUUGUAAUACUUUAAAUUGCCAAUAUAAAAGCCAAUUUAAAUUGUAUACCUACUGCUGUUAUUUACAUAGAUAUUUUAUAUACUUAAAGUUGUUUUGCAUUAAGAUGUUUCUAUAUGUCGGUACUGCGAAAUAUAUACAAUAAUUUUAUGAA